AGUGCUUAUCGCAUUCCGCCACAGCGUCUCUCCGCCAUCGCAACAUUCUUGCUUCAACACACUACACUUACAUUACACCCGCACAAAUAUCCAGUCGACGCCUACCCUUACCUCAUAUUCACUUAAUAUAGCUUCCCAAAAAUGCCGCGUGCCGAAGCAGGAAGCGCCAAAGCCCUCAGCAACAAGAUCAAAUCGAAAGGACUCCAACGUCUCCGAUGGUUCUGCCAACUAUGUGAGAAGCAGUGUCGAGAUGAGAACGGCUUCAAGUGUCACGUACAAAGCGAGAGCCACGUUCGCCAGGCUUUACUCGUCGGCGAGGACCCGAAAAAGUACAUCGAAGAUUACAGCAAGGAGUUCCUGAAUAACUUCCUUAAUAUGUUGAAGACGUCGCAUGGUGAGAAACAGGUUCAUAUUAAUCAGUUUUAUCAGACAAUUAUCGCGGAUAAGACGCAUGUUCAUAUGAAUGCGACGAAGUGGAAGAGUCUUUCGCAGUUUGCGGCUUAUCUUGGGCGCGAGGGCGUUUGUCGGGUUGAGGAGACGGAGAAAGGGCUUUUUAUUUCGUAUAUUGAUCGGAGUCCUGAGGCAAUGAGACGGCGGGAGGCUGUUUUGAAGAAGGAGCGUCAGGAUCGGGGUGAUGAGGAGCGGGAGCAGCGGCAGAUACAGGAGCAGGUUGAAAGGGCCAGGCAGAAUGCGGAGAAGGAAGAGGAGGUGGAUCCUGAAGCGAGGAAUCUGCAGCGAAAGGAGGGCGAGAAAGUUAAGCUUAAUAUCGGGUUUGGUUCUAAGGCAAACGGCGAGGCGAAGACGGAAUCGCCAAAGCCGCUGUCGCCCGAGCAGAAUGACAACGGUGCUUCGUCAGCGACACCGGAGCCUGCAGCUGGAGCUGCAUCUACGGACUCGACUCCGGUUCCUACUCAGGAUGCACCCAAGCCGGGAGUAAAGCUGUCUAUGUCGUUUGGUGACAAGAAACCGAAGAAUGUAUUUGCUGCUGCGGCGAAGAAGAACCCGCUGGCCGGGAAGAAGGGGUCUGUGAUGGAAGCUCCCAAGAAGAUGAGUGAGCAGGAGAGGAUCAUGAAGCAGGAAAUGGAGGCGAUGGAGAGAAAGCGCAUGCGUGGAGCCUCCGGAAUGCCGAACCCUAAGCGCCCGAAGAUGUCUUUGUCCUGAACUCGAUCAUUCCUCCGGAUCUCUUUUCACACACGUCCAAUCGCGACCCGAAUGCGCGAUGGUUUUCAUCCCAGAGGCUACUUUGACUCUACCUAUGCUCGUGGAAUCAUGUUAUGCCUGGUGGACGCCGCUAAACUGGUUCAAAUCAUCUGGUUGCGGAUAGGGAGGCUAAUUGAUACCGCCAACAAUGCACGUCGUGAUAUUGCUCGACAACUCAGCUUUGCGGAGACUUCGCCGCCUAGCUUAAUAAAGUUCGUUACAACUCAGUCGCAAACCGCGGAGCAAUGAUACCCAGAAGAAGAUAGAUACUAACAAAAUCUUUUCAUAGUAUGAGGUUAUAGUUCUUAGUUUCUGGCGACUAUGAACAGACCUUUCCAGCCUAAGCAGGGACUGGGGUAUUUAGAGGAGAGUGCUAUAAAUAUCCAAAUUAAAAACUUUAUUAGAUAAGAGCAAUCAUCCAAGACUCAAUCUUUAUUUGUCUACCUAGAAAGUGACAUGUUAUUGAUUUGCUGGACUCCGAG